AUGGGGAAGGACCAAGAUCAGAACAAAAUGCGUGUCUCACGCAAAACUGAAGAGUGCAAUCAAUCAGCCAAAAGACCCUCUGCUCGUGAGGAAGACAGACGAGCACGGAAGGCCAUUCACAGGAGCAAACCUGACUCCUAUAAAACCUCCUCGAAAGAUGACUCAUCUUCAAACUCAAAAGAUGAAAAAUCUGAUUCUGCCUCAAAUAAUUCAUCUGUUUCAGAGGCACCUGAGCUUCUCUCUAAAUCUGAUGAAGAGAAUAUUAUAAUGGUUGUUAAUGUGAAACCAUUAUUUGAUCCAGACCAUAUUAAGUACCAAGCAGCUAGAAAUUAG